AUGAAUGAUCACGAUCCCUCUGAAGAAUAUGAACAUGAGCGACUAGUAAACGAGGAACUUAUGAGAGUGCAAGAAGAAAUCUUUUCAAGUGAAAAUGAAAAUGGUGGCGGUGAUGCUGUUGAUGACGACGAUGGGCAGCAACUAGAUUCAAUGGAAAAUAUCCGUUAUGACCAUGAAGCAUUAUCUGAACAAGGCCUAGAUGAAGAGGAGGGAGGAGAAGGUGUAAUAGAUGAAGGAAGAAUGGCUAGGGUGGAAAGGGUGGGAAAACCUAAUACUAAGGUUGUCGAGUCGGAAUCACAAAAGAAAUUAAGAAAAAUGAUUAUUAACAUUCAAAAUGACGAUGAUCUUAAACAUGAAGAGAAAUUGAUCAAAAUACAAAAUGAGAAAACAAAUAGCUUCGGUUGUAAUCAUUAUGUUAGGGGAGCAAAAUUACAAGCAGAAUGUUGCAAAGGAUGGUUUACUUGUAGAUUUUGUCACGACGAUGCAUCUGAUCAUAAAAUAGAUAGUGCCACCAAAAAUAUGAUGUGUAUGCAUUGUCUAACUGUACAACCAGCAUCAAUAAAUUGUAAUAAUUGUAAAGUACAAUUAGCGAGAUAUUAUUGUGACAAGUGUAAAUUUUGGGAUGAUGAAGUCGAUAAAGAUAUAUUUCAUUGUGACAAAUGUGGAAUUUGUAGAAUUGGUAAAGAACCAGAUUAUUUUCAUUGUGAUGUGUGUGAUUGUUGUUUGACAAUUUAUGGAAAAGAUUCACAUCAAUGCAUUGAAAAAAAUAUGCAUCGUGAUUGUAUGAUUUGUGGUGAAUAUUUAUUCACUUCAUUAUCAACAACUUACACUAUGAGGUGUGGACAUAUUAUACAUAAGGCUUGUUUUGAUGAAUAUAUAUUGACGGCAUACCAGUGUCCAACAUGCUGGAAAUCAGUUUCAAAUAUGGAAAUAUAUUUUAGAAGAAUAGAUGCACUUGUGGCCCAACAACAAAUGCCACCAGAAUACGAACAUUACGUAUCAAAAAUAUUAUGUAAUGAUUGUGUUAAGCAAAGUACAGUAAAAUAUCAUUUUAUAUAUCACAAGUGCCAAUAUUGUAAUGGUUACAAUACAAAGGUCAUAGAGACUAAAGAAUUAUUACCAUGCGAUGAAACAAAUAUCGUCACGGCUUUAGAUAAUCUUGGUUUAGAUGAAUCGAGGACUGGUACUGCUGAUCAUAGUAGCGGUACCAGUAAUGCUGGUGGUGGAUCAACGUCAAAUGGUGGAGGUGGAUCACAAGUCAGACAAUCUAGAAUAAUGGAAGUUACUGCUAUGAUGCAAGGAGAAGAUGGACCAGUUGAUGGAGGGAAUGCCACAGAACAUGGAACAAGAAAUCCUUUCAAUUCACUUGAUUCUAAUAUUUGA